AUAACUUUUGCCUGCAAUAUUUGGUUAGUGAAUACUCAUCCAAUAUUUGACAAGAAAUCUUGAUAAUACAUCUUUAAACAUCCUCUUCAGAAAAGAAAAAAGAAACACAUCUUUAAACAUGGAUAACAACAAAAAGCAAGCAUGGUCUUCUUCUUCUUCAUCAACCGUGAAAUUUGAUCAACUUUUCGGUCCCAAGGACCCUUCGUCGGCGUCAUCUUCCUCCUUAUUUGGCUCCAUUUUCCCACCACCACCAACACCAUCUGUUGAGGGGAGAGGAUCAAGAACUCAAGAAGUGGGAAGCAAAAAUCUUGGAGCAACAGGCACUACUCCUAGUGAUGGCAUCUCUUAUAACAAAAAUACUUGUACCAAUUAUCAGAAUGAGACAAUGGAACCUAGCUACUACAGCUCUUCAAUCUACUAUGGUGGUCAAGAAAAUUAUUCCCCAAGAAACAGGACCACUGAACCCCACCAUGUUUUCAAGAAAGAUAAGAAUCAUGGUGAUCACAAUGGUAACAAUUCCAGCAGUGCUUCAAGAGGGGACUGGUGGGAAGGUUCCCUUUAUUACUAAAUCAGUGAGGCAUGGUAUUAAAAUUUAGCAUCCUGCAGGAUGAAGAUAGGCCACAUAACUAGAGUAUGCUCUACUUAGUUCCGUGGAAAUAAAUAAGUUAAUGUACUAUUAUAGAUCGUUUAUGUUAUUACUACCCUUUCAUCCCAUAAGUUGGGUUCUUUUUUUGUUAGCUAAACCGUUAAGGUAGUUUGGGGCAAAAACAACGUCGUGCUUUGUAUUUUUUUUCUAUUUUAUAUAUAUAAGAAAGUUAUAUAUUUAUAUUUUAUUUAUAUGA